GCCGUGUGCUCCAACGGAUAUGGUACUGCGCCGGAGCUGGGCACGUAGUGCACUUUAUCAGCCUUGCGGCUGGACGGGCACCGACGAUGCUAAGGGGCAUUCACCAAGCGCGGGAACCCCUGGACCGAGCCGGUCACUGAAAGAUGCGAGAACACGAGUAUUGUUUCCUAUUUCGUAGCAUGGUCAGUACUUCUUACAACCUUCGAAUACUAGUACACAAGUAGUACACUCAGCCGAAGCGGGUACCAGAGUUCGGAGUUGCGCGUUGUGGGAAUACCGCGAUCUUGAAGUACUUUGUACUUUGUGCCCACCUUCAGCAUCGAGAAGAUGGACGGCACAGAGAGGAACGCCUCCUGUGCGCUACAAACAAGGUCAUCAUCUGCAGAAACGAAGCAAAGUUGUGAAAGUCGAGGGACCAGCCUCGCAUCGUCAAUAUGGGCUUCCCUCAUACGGAGCCGAUGACCUCGUUCUGGCUCUCUGCGGCAGGGGAUCUGGCAGAUCACCGAACGACCGAAACAUUGCCUGAGGAAGCAGAUGUCGCGAUCAUAGGUUCCGGCUAUUCGGGCGCAGCAACCGUCUUUCACCUACUUGCGGAUGCAAACUCAGGAAGCAGGCCGUCAACAGUCAUCUUGGAGGCCCGUCAAGUGUGCUCAGGCGCGACUGGACGGAAUGGAGGGCACCUGAAGCCUGAUACUUACUGGUCAGCUGCCGAAAGCUAUAAGAAGUAUGGCGCUGAGACCGCUCUUGACCUGAUAAAGUUCGAAAGCCAACAAGUGAUGGAUGUUAAGCAAUUGGUUGAAGAGGAGAAUAUCGACUGUGAUUUCGAACUUACACGGGCGAUCGACGUUAUUACCGACCAAGAGACCGCAAAUUCGGUGCUGAGGACGCACAAGGAGAUCAGAUCCAAGGGGUUUCGAUUCUCUGACGAUCUACAUGUUAUUGCGGACCCAAAGAAGGCCGAACGAGUCUCAGGGGUUAAAGGUGCUAAAAUCGCAGUCUCAUUCACCGCCGGUUCAAUAUGGCCAUACAAGAUGGUGACCCAUCUUCUUCGCCGAAGCCUUGAGAUGGGUGCCAACCUGCAGACCAACACGCCGGUGCAGGCAGUUGCUCGCGACGCAGAUGGAAGAUGGAGAUUGACAACGAGCAGAGGGGACCUGCUGGCGAAGAAAGUUGUCGUUGCCUCCAAUGCAUACACUGCCGCGCUGUUCUCGGAGUUCAAGGAAAAGAUCGUGCCCGUAAGGGGAGUCGUCUGUCGCAUCGCGGUACCAGAGAGCACUGCUCGCAAACCACCGCAUCUGAACAACACCUAUGCUAUUCGGUUCAACCCGGAACAUUUCGACUACCUCAUCCCCAAAACAGAUGGCAGCAUUGUCGUGGGCGGUGCAGAUAGAUGCGCAACAGAGAAACAAUCAUUCUGGUAUGGGAACACUAAUGAUUCGGAACUUAUCCCAGAGACGGAGAAGUACUUCACCAAUUAUAUGCAGAGAAUGUUCAGCGGCUGGGAAGAUUCUCAAGCUGGCAUAACAGACAUCUGGUCCGGUGUGAUGGGUUGGUCCUCUGAUUCUAUGCCGUUCGUUGGCAGACUACCUGGCCAGACAGGCAUCUUUAUCACGGCCGGAUUUACCGGUCAUGGAAUGCCUCGAAUUCUCGGCUGUUCGAAAGCGUUGGCUGAGUUGGUCAAAUCGGAUGGCGAGACAGACGACCUCAGCAGGAAGUAUGGCCUACCGAAACCCUACUUGUUGACGACAGAAAGGCUCAGCAGCAAGGACGGCGACAUCUUGUCAUAUGGUAGAAAGGACUCGGCGGAUGUCAGAUCGAAGCUUUGAUGUUUUAGAGGUCCGCAACAGCUUUUCCCACUAGCUGCAGAAAGUUCACAUGAGUCAGUCACGUGCCACGCCUUCAACUGCAUUUUCGUAGACUUCUCUCC